AUGGAUGUGGGGGCGUACCUGAAGGAUGCUUUGGCCGUGCUGCUGGAAGUGCGGCCAGCGAAUCCCCACCUGUUUCUGCUGGCCUACUUCCAGUGGGCUUCGCAUCCGGAGAGCUUGGAAGGCUUGGCGUGGUACCUGCUGAAGGCGUGCCCGCGCACCCGCGAUUGCUUCCAGGACCACUUGCACACGGCCUACACCUGCCUCAAGGGGAAGUCUGAAGCUGCUUCCCACCAGGCGUGUGAGGGCCUGCUGCAAAGUCUCGCUGCCCCUCUGCCCAUCACCCAGCAGCAGCACCUUCUGCGACGCCUCCGCGCCGUGAGCGACGAAGGUGGGCGCGUGGGAUUUCGGGACUUCUGCGAGGUGGUGGAGGAGUGCAUCUUGCAGCUGGAUACGGACCCUGUGCUGCACAUUCCCUGGAAGGGAGUCAGCGUACCCAACUCUGGAGCCAACACGCCGCCCUAA